AUGCCAUCACUUAUGAGGACGGUAGUUUUCGUGGCAUCCGCAGUGACCUACGCCUACGCUGCUACAAUAUCCCCCACAAAAGCUGCCAGUAUUUCAGUCAACACAGUAAUUGAAUUCCAAGAAUUGGAUGGAUUCGGCAUCUCACAGGCUUUCCAACGAGCCGAGGAUAUCUUUGGCAAAGAAGGUCUUUCUAGCAAAAAUGCCAAACAUGUUCUCGAUCUUCUUUUCAGCAUUGACAAGGGCGCUGGAUUCUCAAUACUGCGCAAUGGCAUCGGCUCCAGCAACAGCUCGGACAGCGACUUCAUGAACUCUAUCGAGCCCUUUAGUCCUGGAUCACCGAGUGCGAAGCCUCAUUACGUCUGGGAUCGCAAUGACAGUGGUCAGUUCCCACUAGCGCAGGAAGCCUACGAUCGCGGUCUUGUCGGGUUGUAUGGUAACGCAUGGUCGGCGCCCGGAUAUAUGAAGACAAAUGGGGACGAAAACAAUGGCGGGUAUUUGUGUGGAGUGACGAACACUUCCUGCCCGUCUGGUAACUGGAUGGAGGCAUACGCCGACUACUUGGUGCAGUGGGCAAGGCUGUAUAAGGAGUCUGGGGUGAAAGUGACGAACAUCGGCUUCUUGAAUGAGCCCGAAUUCGCUGCCUCCUACGCGGGGAUGCUGUCCGACGGCACCCAAGCGGCGGAUUUUAUUCGCAUUCUUGCAAAGACAAUCAAGGCUUCGGGUAUGAAUCUAGCAAUCAACUGUUGUGACGGAAUUGGGUGGGAGGAACAAGAGCAGAUGAUGGCUGGUCUCCAAGCCGGACCUGAUCCCGCAGAGAACUAUCUCAGUGUUGUGACUGGUCAUGGAUAUAAUUCCAUGCCCAAUUUCCCACUAUCCACCAAGAAGAAGACAUGGGUGACAGAGUGGGCUGAUCUCUCGGGCGGGUUUACUCCCCACGCCUUCUUCAAGUCUGGUGCCACUGGCGAAGGAAUGACAUGGGCACGCAACAUCCAAGUCGCGCUACUGGAUGCAAAUGUUAGCGGAUUCUUCUACUGGAUUGGCGCCGAGAAUUCAACCACUGACAGUGGUCUCAUCAACCUCAUUGGUGAUGAGGUGAUUCCAAGCAAGCGAUUCUGGGCUUUCGCUCAGUUCAGUCGGUUUGCUCGACCAGGUGCUCGUCGUGUUGAGGCUACGAGUUCCGCGCCAUUGCUUCAUGUCAGCUCAUUCCUCAAUAAAGACGGGAGUAUUGUGACUCAGGCCAUCAACAACGCUACCGAGGCAUAUGAUAUCAGCCUGAAGGUUCAUUGCUCUGCAAGAAUAAACAACGCUCGGCCUUAUGUGACAAACAACGCAAAUGACCUAACAGCCCUAGCACCUAUUCGUGUUGCAAGCGAUGGCACCUUCAAGACAAGAAUCCCUGCCCACUCGCUGGUGAGCUUUGUUUGCUCAUAG